CUUUUCUCUUAUCUUGUUUCUCUCUCUUAACUUCGCAUUGUUUCUCUCUCUCUUAAACACACCGAACAACCCGCGACGGAGGCUCCGACUUGAAUCGGAUGAGUCCAGUUCAGCUCCCAACAGUUAUACAUUCCAUUUGCGCCCCAAUCGCAUUUCGCUCGCAUUUUCGAUUAUUUUCUUCUUCUCGUUUUCGCCAUUGAUGCUGAGUCUGUGAGUGCUCGAUUCCCAUUCAACUUCCCUUUCGAUUGAUGCCAUAAUCGCCGUAGACGAAGCUCCCAAUCGUUCUCUCUUUCUUUUUCUCGACAUAGCUGUUUGAGAUUUAGGGUUCUGAAGUUUAUGCGUCUGGCUCUGGCGGAUAUUGAUUUGGAGGAGGGGGAAAGGAACGCAGGAUUAGGGUUUUGUUGUAAUCGUUUGUUUUUGUUGGAAAAAAGAGAGGGUAUAUUUUGGACUAGAAAGAGGGUUAGGUUAGGGGAUAAUGUGUAUACUGUGUGUGAUUCAGAAGUGGUCUCGCCGGGUUGCUACAAUGCUACCUUGGUUGGUUAUUCCGUUAAUUGGUCUGUGGGCGCUUUCUCAGCUUCUGCCACCUGCUUUUCGCUUCGAGAUUACUUCACCUCGUCUGGCUUGUGUUUUCGUGUUGUUGGUUACUCUCUUUUGGUAUGAGAUUUUGAUGCCUUGGCUGUCGGCAUGGCGUGUGCGGCGGAAUGCACGAAUUAGGGAGAGGAAGAGGUUUGAAGCUAUUGAAAUGCAGAAGUUGAGGAAGACAGCUACAAGGCGGUGCCGUAACUGCUUGAGUCCAUAUAGAGAUCAGAACCCUGGUGGGGGUCGGUUUAUGUGUUUUAAUUGUGGUCAUGUUUCUAAGAGACCGGUUUUAGACUUGCCUGUGCCACCCGGGUUGGGGAUUUCAAAUUCCAGUAUAGUGAAGGACUUGGUUGGAAAAGGUGGCAAGAUUUUAAAUAGCAAGGUUUGGUCUGAAAGUGGGUGGAUGUGUGGUCAGGAAUGGUUGGAGAAUGGUAAUUGGGUUGGUGGAUCUAUUCCAGGUAAUCCUAGCAACUGGAGGACGAAUGGGAAUGGUGGUCUUUAUGGAGGAGAUGAGCAUUGUUUGACAGAGAGGUCAUACGGUGGUAUUUUGUUUUUGGUUUGCAAGCUUUUGACAUCUUUUUUCUUGAGCAUUAGAUGGCUCUGGAGAAAGACUUUUAGAAUUAGUUCAAGGGAAGAAUGUUCGCCUGAUGCUGAACAUAGGGCACUCUUAGCAAAACGAGGUGAGAAUGGGGCAAGCCUUAAUGAAAGUAGAGGAGAAAAAGCACGUAGGAAAGCUGAGGAGAAAAGGCAGGCUAGGCUAGAGAAAGAACUUUUGGAGGAGGAAGAGAGAAAACAGAGGGAGGAGGUUGCAAGGUUAGUGGAGGAGCGUAGGAGACUAAGAGAUGAGAAAGUGGAAGCUGAGAAAGAUCACAGCAGAUCAUUAAAUCCCAGAAGGGAGAAAGACCGUAGAAAGGAAGCUGAAAGGAAGCGUCAGGAAAAAAGGAAAGAGAAAGAUAAAGGGUCUAGUAAGAGCAACUCUGAUGCUGAAGAAUUGGAAAGAAAAGCUGGCAAGGAAAGUGAACGGAAGCGGGACUUCGACAAAAAGAGUGAAAUAGAUCAUAGAGAGCAUCAGAAAUCUGGGUUAGAUAAUGGCAAGGGACAGAGUACUGACAAUGCACAUACUAAAAGUGUCAUGUCAAAUAAUUAUAAUCGAGGAGGUACUGGAACAAGGUAUCUUGACCGCAUGCGGGGUACAAUUUUGUCCUCUUCAAAAGCAUUUGGUUUUGGCAGGGGUACUAAUAUUCCUAGCACUGGGGUGAAAGAAAACAAGUCUAGCAGUUCUGUAGAUCAUGUUCAUCCUGCUGGCAGCAGGAGAGAAAUAUGCCUUCAUGAGCGUUCAUCUGCAAAAUCCAAUUCAAAUGGAGAUGAUAGGAAUAUCAAUCAUUCUGUACUCCCUGAACCACAGCCAUGGACAGCAGCACCUAAAAAGUCAUGGCAGCAAUUAUUUACUCGAUCUUCAUCUGUUCCUCAAUCUUCAAAUUCAAAUGUAAUAUGUAGACCGAAUUCCAAAAUUCAAGCAGAAGCCAAAAGCCCUGAGUUAUCUGGCCAGUCACCGGUUACACAAUCAUUUAAUAAUCCUAUUCAGUUUGGUCUUCCAUCACUAUUUAAUAUUUCCACCAAUGCAAGUGGACCAGCCAGUAUUAGUCUAGGUUUUUCUCCUGCAAUUGAACCAUUUUUUUCUCCUGUUGGAAAUACAUCACAUAACUUAAGACAAGAUGAGCAAGAGCUGUUUGAAGACCCCUGUUACGUUCCAGAUCCAGCAUCCUUGCUUGGGCCUGUUUCUGAGUCACUUGAUAAUUUUCAGUUGGACUUGGGAACUGGCUUUGGGACAGACAAUGAAGUGGCAAAACCUCAUUCUCUAAAAACCAUGUCUGCUGGUUCUGAUGUUAAUAAGCUAUCUCCAAUUGAGUCCCCUUCAUCCUGUGAAAAGCAUAGCUUCUCUAAUUGGUUUUCCAAUACCCCCAAUGACCAAGACAAGCAUGGUUUUCCUCUUGAUGAUGCAUCUGCAAACGAUAAGGGAACAUGGAAGAUGUGGAGUACUUCUCCACUUGGACAGGAAGGUUUAGGUUUAGUUGGUGGCCCAGGAAGCUGGUUGUUAUCCUCACAAAGGAACAUACCAAAUAACGAUGAUUUUGUGCUUCCAUCAUCUCAAAAGACUAUGGCUUCUCUUUUUAACAAUGAAGAUAAUGUAAUUUCCAAUAUGCAUCCUCCACAAAAUGUUUUUCUUCCUAAUGGCCAAAGUGGUGAGAACUUCAGUCCUGUUACAGGGCCAAGUGGUUAUGAUCCUUGGUUACAAAGUGGUCUCUUCCCGCCAUUGUCAGGUGGCCUUACAUCUCAGGAGGGAGCUACUGAAAAUGAAAUUAUGUAUGGGAGUCUUAGUGGAUCUGCAGGUAGCCAUGGGCUUGAUGGUUCUCCAGCUAACUGUUGGUCAAAAAAGGAAUGGCCUGUACAUGGUCCUGUGGAAAGCAUGGGGAAGUCACCUGUUUCAAGGCCAUAUAGUGGAGGUCUACAUCCAACCUCAGAUGUACAGUCGUUUUGGUCAUUUGAUUAAAAAAAUGAUAGUGACAGACAGGUUAUGAGGGACUUGAUAAACACAACUGUUCUCUUUCGAGGUAAAUAGCCUCCUUUGGGGGAAGAGUUUAGAAUACUGAACCAUUGUAUCUUCCUUUCUUCUUUUUGAAGGAAGAUUGAUGUUUACUUAACGUUAGCGUCAAUAGGAAUACAUGUUGGAUGCAUUCUGAGCAAGGCAACAAGAGAGGUGCCCCCAUUUCGUCUUUUGGAGAAUGGUGCUUCACAUUCCCACUUGUGUCACGAUCUUCAAAUAUGCAGCAAUUAAUGUCUUAAAUGAGAAGUGAACUGAUACAUACUAACAUCACCAGCUAAGCUACCAAUGAAAUAUAGUCGUGUUUCUGUAUUUUUCUCGUUAUUAUGAAUCCAGCUGCAUCUUUGAUCACAUUGUGCUCAAAGUUGGGUGUGAUCUGAUCCACUUUUAUAUAACACCCUCGGUAGAUUCUUUUUGCCCCUUUUUGCUUACACCCCAUGACAGUUUUCGAAUCCUUUAGUCAAUGUGUUAAUGAAUUAAUGGAAAAGGGUUGAUGAAAUGAUUUUUACG